GUGCGAUUGUAAAGACGCUGCUAUCAGCGGUCGCGCCAUCCUCAGUACGGAUUGUUAUUGUAUUUUUAUACAACUUCGCGUUUGCACAGUUUUGUGAAAAUGUACAAAGCACAAUCAUGUAUUUGGAUAGUCGCCAUAAUUAUUGGUUUUUUUCUGGACAAUACGCAAACAGCUUGGCUUAGGUGUUAUAAAAGUUCUCUAGACAACUACACUGUGAUGUCACUGAAUCAUCCAACACCGAUGAUGAACGAUCCAUGCUUUGACCCAAACCUCCCAACUGUCAUCUAUACAUUUGGGUAUAGAGGGAAAACAUAUGGCCCAGCCACAACUGCAGUACUCAGUAGAUACUUGGAAACCAAGAAACGAAAUGUUUUACUACUCGAUUGGCAGGAAGAAGCUCAGAGCGGAGUUUUGGGUAUACCCCUUGGAUAUGCGUUGUACGCUGUACCGAACGCGAAACGAAUCGGCCACGAACUCGGCGACGCGCUGGUAACCCUAUCGCAAGUCGGUCUGAACAUGACUGAAGUUCAUCUCGUGGGACAUUCCUUGGGGGCUCAUAUCAUGGCAUUUGCUGGCAGAUGGACUAGAAAAAGGGGACAAGUCAUAUCCAGGAUCACAGGUCUAGAUCCAGCGCGUGCUCUAUUUGAAGGUACAUUCGCGAUACAGACCGGCUUGGACCGCACCUGUGCUAAGUUUGUUGAUAUUAUCCAUACGAACCCUGGAUCGUACGGGACCAGUAAGUCAACUGGCACUGUCGACCUGUGGCCGAACUAUUCACCCGAUGACGGCAUGCAGCCCGGAUGUCCCAGCGGGACAUUUGAUAUGUUCACUCCGGAAGAAAAAUAUUUCCAGAUCUGUGUAGCCACGAUCGCGCGUGGCGAUACCUCGUCGAAUCCAUUAGUUAUGGGACAGCGUUCCCAGCAGCGGCAGCUGAGAACUACAACGCAUGGCUCGCUAUGGAAACCGCACCAGCUAUCACAAAUUAUAUGGGAGAUUUAACUAAUACAAAAGCCCGUGGAAACUAUUUUCUCACGACGAAUCAACAAACACCGUUUAGCAAAGGAUCGUCCGGGAUGAUGCCGGACCAAUCGAGAAGACGACGCAACUCAGCAAAUUCAGCGCUCUCCGUUAUUUUCAAACUCUUGAGAUAAAACGUUAAUACCAAAAAUUCAUAAAAAAUAUAUUUUAAAACAGCGAAUUCAUCGUUUUUUAUAUGUUCUUAGAAAACAUCAUAUUGCUAAAAAAUUAUAACUCUC